GGCGGAGCUUAUUACUUCCUCGAGGACUUCCAUCGAGCAAUAGAGUACCUCAAGCAGUACCUGAGCAUUGCUGAGGAAGUCGGUGACAGAGCAAAUGCAGGACGUGCCUAUGACAAACUCGGAGAUGCUUACGAUUCUCUCGGUGACUCCCAAAGAGCACUAGAGUACUACGAGAAAAGCCUGAGCAUUGCUGAGGAAGUUGGUGACAGAGCAGGUGCAGGACGUGCCUAUGGCAAUCUCGGCUGUGUUUAUAUAUCCCGUGGUGACUCCCAAAGAGCACUAGAGUACCACAAGAAAAGCCUGAGCAUUGCCAAGGACGUUGGUGACAGAGCAAGUGCAGGACGGGCCUAUGGCAAUCUCGGCUGUGUUUACAACUCCCUCGGUGACUCCCAACGAGCAAUAGAGUACCACAACAAGCUCAUCAAAAUUGCCAAGGAAGUUGGAAACAGGGCAGAAGAAGGAUGUGGCUAUGGCAAUCUCGGCAAUGCUUAUGAAUCCCUCAGCGAAUUCCGACGAGCAAUAGAGUGCCACAAUCAACACCUCAGCAUUGCCAAGGAAGUUGGUAACAGGGCAUGUCAAGGCAAAGCCCUUGCUAAUCUCGUCUUUGCUUAUCGCAGCCUUAAUGAAUUCGAAAGAGCAAUAGAGUACGCCAAUAAAUACCUCAUCAUUGCCAAGGAAGUUGGUGACAGGGCAGGGCAAGCGCAAGGCUAUGGCAUUGUCGGCGAAAUUUAUUCAGUUCUCGGCGAAGACCAACGAGCAAUAGAGUACACCAAUAAAAGCCUCAUCAUUGCCAAGGAAGAUGAUAACAGGGCAAUGGAAGGCAAAGCCUAUUCCAUUCUCAGCACUAUUUAUCUCAGGCUUGAUGAGUUCGAACGAGCAAUGGAGUGCAGCAAGAAACAGCUGAGCAUUGCCAACGAAGUCGGUGACAGAAGAGGAAAAGGAAGUGCCUAUUUAAACAUCGGCGACGUUCAUAAAUCCCUCGGCGACGUGCCACGAGCAAUGGAGAACUACAAGCAAUUCCAGAGCAAUGCCGAGGAAAUCGGUGACAGCGAUGCACAAGGACAUGCCUAUUGCCGCCUCGGAGGUUGUUAUACACGUCUCCACAACUUCAAGGAAGCAAUAGAGUGUUACAAGAAACACCUGAGGAUUGCCGAGGAAAUCGGUGACAGGAAGGGAGAAGCAUGUGCCCAUGUCGGUCUGGGUCAAUCUUUUUUGAAUUCAGAUUGUUUGAAUGAGGCUUUAGAACAUUUUAGAUGCAGCGUAAAAGUCUAUGACACUAUUAGAGCCAGUUCUAUCUCGGAAGAUCAAUUGAAAAUAAGUUUCCGUACGCAACAUCAAUUUGCCUAUACUCAUUUAUGGCAGGUUUUAGUAAUGCUUGAAAGGAAUGAUGAGGCUUUAUACGCGGCUGAGAGGGGACGAGCACAGGCUUUGCUCGAUGCCUUAAAAGUAACUUAUGGCCUUACAUCACUUUCUCCCAGGUCAAUUGACUCUGAAGAAGAAGUCAGAUAUAUUUCAAGGAACACAACUGUUUUAACAGUUUUUCUUGCCCUUCAUUCGCAAACAGUCAAUAUCUGGCUGUUGGGAAAAGAGGGCAACCCUAUUUUUAGGCAAGCGAAGAUAGAAGAUUCCUUUACUCCCCUUUUAGACAGGGCUGGCGUCGGUAUUAGGUGCGAAAAUCGGUGCGAAUUACAGGCAUUAUAUGAUGCAGUUCUUGGUCCCAUUAAAGACUUGUUUGAUGGUGAUGAACUAAUUGUAAUUCCUGAUGGCUCUUUGUCUAAAGCUCCUUGGGCAGCCCUGAGUGAAACUUUAAGGAUCCGCACUGUUCCUUCACUGACAAGUUUGAAAGUCAUCACAGAUUCUCCAUGUGAAUACCACAGUAAAAGUGGAGCCCUGCUUGUUGGAGAUCCAUGCUUGAAGAAAAUUACAGACAAACAAGGGAACCCCAUUUAUGAUCCUCUGAAGUACGCAAGAAUGGAGGUGGAGAUGAUUGGAAAAAUUCUAGAGAGUCAACCUUUAACAGGUGAAGAUGCAACCAAAGAAGCGGUACUUCAGAGAAUCGGGUCAGUUGCUUUGGUACACAUUGCAGCCCACAGAAGAAAGGAAACUGGAGAAAUUUUUCUGGCUCCAGAUCCCCGAUGGGAAUCCAAGCCUCCAACGAAGGAGGACUGCAUUAUGAAAAUGUCUGACAUACAAGCUGUUAAGCUGAGGGCGAGGCUUGUUGUGCUUAGUUACAGCCACAGUGGUCAAGGAAAGGUCUCCCCUGAGGGUGUGGUCGGUAUGGCACGUGCUUUCUUGUUUGCUGGUGCUCGCUCCGUGCUCGCGACACUCUGGGCAGUUGAUGACGAAGCCAAAAUGAUGUUUAUGAAGUCUUUCUACCUACAACUUGGAAGUGGAGAAAGUGCAAGUGUUGCUCUUCAGAGGGCCAUGAAAUGUCUUCGAGACUCCGACAAUUUUUCUGCCCCGAGGUACUGGGCUCCAUUUGUUCUGAUUGGUGAUGAUGUUAAGAUUGAAUUGAAGAAAAAACAUUGAGGAAGUCGUAAGUAGAGAGUUUUAAUUACUUUUUUCUUGCUUUUCUUUAUUAAGGGGUCCUAGAAACAGAUGGCUCAAGAAGAAAAGUCAGAACUAUUAUUUUCAACUUGAAAUGUAAGAACAUUGGCAGACUUGAUAAAUACUGGUAAAAAGGGAAAUAUAUAGUUUACACAAUAAGGAAAGGUGUGGUAAGUAUGUACCGUUAACGGAUUCACACAAUCACAUGUUAUUCCUACCAAGUAAAUCGUUUAGAAAUCAUUCGAACACUAGAUAACCCUUAGUUUUCUCAAUUCUUAAUUAAUUUAGGGACAAUAUAUAUGAAAGAUACACUUUGCAAUAAGCUGCCUUCAAUUUCUUAGAGUACUAGCUCUAUAUGUUGACCAAUAAUUAACAGCUUCAUGAAAAACAAAUAUGUCUAAUAUGACAAAUGUUUCUCAUUUUGCUAUUUUUCACACCAUAAUUUAAGGCAUUCUUAAAUUUACCGCUUUGAUCUUAAUUUAAUUUUAAAAAAAUGUGAAUUAAUGCCUCAAUUGUUACUUUCUUUACAGGGAUGAGCUGAAAGUUUGAUGUCAACACAACUGCUGAAGUAACGUGUAUAUAUCUGGAUUUCCCCAAAGAAAGAAGAGCGUUAUUUAGUAGCUGUUCUCAAUGGGACGUUUGGUAAAAAAGCGUUUUUCAUUUCCAUCAUUUUUUCUCAGAAAAUGUUAGAGAGAUUUAGAGUCAUGCUAACGGCAAACGUCUGCAGAUUCAAGUUGAGAAUUUCUCAAAAUAGAAAAUAUGCAGAUAAAAUGAAAACAGCUCAAAGCAAUUUUUAUGGAUAAAACUAACUUGAAACUAAUAAUUUUUUGUAGAUUUAAUUAACAGCAAAAGAGAAGUAAAGGGAACACUUGGUCACGUGGUACAAAUCCACGGAUUGCCGUAAACUUAACUCUUAAUCUCUCUAAUUAAUAACUUCAAAACAACGUUUUAAAUUAGCCAAGGCUACAUUUAUCAAUUUUAACUUAGGAAAAAGACAAACAAUUCUCGUGGGGAAAGAACUUAAGGCUGUUUACGAUUAUUUCUUUACUCCCGCGAAACUGACUAAGUAGCAGUACAGAUGAUUGCCCCUUUUCUCGUGUAACCUGCCUUAACCGGCAAAUUGUAAUUUGGUAAAGGAAAAUUGCAUUCUAAUAAUCUUAAUAUUGAUGAUAAUAAUAAUCACCAUCAUCAUAAUCUUAAUAAUUCCUUUUCAGUUUUUUCCCCUCGGCUUUAAAGCAAAUGACUGAAACAAAUACUUCAAAUUAAUUUAAAAGGGUUAACCCUCGGACGUACACGCAAAUUCAUACCCCAACCGUGGUAUAAGGGGGAGGGGCGGAUGGAACCACUCCCCAGAGUUUUUGAUAAUUUGCAGUAUUUCGAAACGAUUUUGCCUUCAGUGGAAAGCCUUUGAUCUACUCAACAAGAUGAGGUUUAUUUUUAAUAAGUGGUGGCGCUGCUGGAGGCCUGUGACGUCACCAACAAUGGUCGCCAUCUUGGAUUUCACCAAGAAUUAGAAAUCAGGUUAAAAUCGCGAUAAAUGGUAAUUUUCUGUGCUUCGGAUGUAAAAUAACACCUAAAUAAGCCCUUUGCAUCAUUUCAUUGACAAAUUUUACUUUUAUUGUUGAAAAAAGUUGAAAGAACGUGCAUUUUCACUCAAAAAUGGCUUGACAACCUGCUACUUAUGACGUGAUAUGUCGUAACCAUAGUAACUGACCAUCACUAAACUUGUCUCAAAAUGCGCGCGAGGGAUAAACGAACAGCUGCUGAAAACGUCAGGUGCUGAUGUUUUAUCGUCUAAAAGAAAUUAUACGUCCGAGGGUUAAGAAUCCCAAGUCUCCUAACGGGUCGGAGACGAAACACUUAGCUAUAUAGCGAGGCCGUGGUUUCAGUAGUGUCCGCAGUCAGAUUUUAAUCACAUAAUUUUUAAAAUUUUAAGUAUGCACUGUAAGUAUUCUGAACCCUGAUUCUGAACCGCGGGUCAUAUUUCAGUGCUUUAAAAUGCAGACUGCAGACUGACUACAGACCAUUGUUUUCAGGGUUAGGAAACAAUGGGACUAUCAGUGGCUUCAUAGCUUAGUUGGUUAGAGCGUCGCACCGGUAUCGCAAGGUCACGGGUUCAAAUGCCGUUGAAGUCCUGAUUUUUUUGUUUUCAGGCUUCUUACGCAAUUGCAUAAAUUGCGUUCACAACUGUAAGGAUCAUUCUUCAUUUGAUUUUAUUCCCCCAGUUCUCAUAUAUGAUUUAUUUCAUAUGCAUUUGUCAAUGCGAGUAUUGUUGUCACGUUCCCAUUUGCAUGGUGAAAACAAUGUUAUGCACUGAGAGCAGUCUCCAGUCUUCAUUUCAUACUUAUGUUAUAUAUUGAGACACACAUUGUGUCACUUAAUUAAAACUGUUUUUAAAUUCCAGUAAAAUGGGAUUUCAGAGACGAGUUUAAAUUAUAUGGUAGCGUUUCAUACAAAGAGUAAAACAUUUUGCCUUCCACGUUUGGAAAUGAAUAUGCUCGUAGUUUUAACAGUAAGUUUUGGACGAUACAUUGAAUAGCCUGCGCAGAGACAGGAGCGAGUGAGCGCUGGCGAAUUGGACCGUCUGAGAAUCAUUAGAGUGACUUUUGCCUUAUUUUAAUAACCCUUUUUUAGGAAAAGCGUUGCCAGAUAGUCCUUCCAUGCCUGCAAACAAACAAAAAAAGGGGCCCGAAAUCCAAUUUUCAUCCGAAAACAAGAUUUAUUUUCCUUCUCUAUUUUCUCACCACCACUUCCUUGUAGAGCUGAGUCCGCCUCUGUCUCUGCACUCGUAGACUAUUUGUUCUGCCAUUAAACUAGGUUUAACUCUUAAUCUUGUUUCUUAAUUACUGCGAGUCAUUUCAAUCAUAAAAAACGUUUUCGUGUACUAUUGCGUUAGUGGUCCAACAGCUUUAAUUGAUGUCGACUUUAACGUAUCCAGACAGUGGAAGAGAUUAGAUUAAGAUUUUGGACGCUGCAAUAACUUAAAUAUGUUUUGUUGUAAUUGUGCUAGGUUGUAAAAGUUGGUCUUUUAAUCAAAUAGAUCAGUUCCAGAACACGUAUACAGACACGUUCUGAGGUUUGGCGUUAGGAAAUUACAACAAUCGUUCAAGCUAUCAUCAUUCUAUCGAGAAUCUGACCUAUUUUUUUCGCCUCUAGAUUGCUUUUCUCUAGGCCAUUGACCUUUAGCCAUCCCUCAGUUAUUUAAAUAAGCUGCUUUAAUUUAGGGAUGUCACCAUUACAACAACAGGAUAGGAGGUUGGGGGAAGGGAAAUGCAUUAGUAAGAAAAAAGCUCCACACGCACCGUGAUUAAAAAAGCUGUUCGAGGAGGAAAAAUAGAUUUCCACCACAGGAGUAAAGAGAAAACCUUCAUAGACCUCCCAAAACUUCAACCCAGGCCGUUUAUUUUCCUAAAUGGUUCAUCCCUUAUACCGCCCCAUGUAACGGAAUCCGGAAUCUGGGAAAAAUUGCGUGUGAAAUCCGGAAUCCUGGGCUUUGGAGUCCGGAGUAAAGCUCAAAGAAUCCGAACUCCCACUAGCAAUUGAGAAUCUAAGUUCGACUGGAAUUGAGUUCCUGGAAUCAGGAAUCCGUGACGUGGAAUCCAGAAUCCCAGACUAUCUUGGAUUGCCUUACAUGGGGUGACUUAUUAGUCGGCUGGUUAAACUGCUUCUACUUGAUCCCAACCCGUUGCACGAUACAAUGUUUAGUUUCUGAUGUUACCUUCAGAUAAGUAAUUUUGUAUUAAACCUGAAGAAAACGAGAUGUUUACUGUGACUGCUGAUCUCUUCGAUGCCAGUAGUAUACUAGGGUCAAACUUAACCCCGUUGGUGUCUAGCAAGGUCUAGCUAGGUCUAGUCUAUGACGUCACCGAUUGUUAUAACCUGGGGAAAAAGUGGAUUCCCUUUAUUAAUAUGUAUAAGUGUCUUCCUGCAUACUAAUUUGGAUUUCCUGCAUACUAAUGAGGUGUCUAGCUAGCUAGGUAAAAAUGGGUUCCUCCAAAUAUAAUGAAGUGGAUAGGUUUACUAAUGAGCGUCACUCUACUACAAUAGGAACAAUAGGCUUGCCUAGACUUGCCCGGUAAGUAACUUGAGCCCGGUUUUCGCACCGUCUAUUAAAAGAAAAAUAGGAAUAAGAGAAGCGAUCACCUAACAACGCGAGAAACGGCUUCCUAUAUCUUAUUUAGCGCUAAAACUCGGAUAUAUAUAAACACAAAUUUAGUUUACCUUCUUAUUUAGCUCUAAAACUCGGAUAUAUCAACAAACAUACACAAAGGGGAGCUGAAAACUCUCUAUUUCAAGUUUGUCUGACUAUUACAGAACUGUUUUCUCCCCUCUAUCUCGAGAAAAUUAAAGUCUCAAGGUUUCACGCACGGUUAAUCAGUUAAUUAUGCUAGUUCACAAGCCUAAAGUUGAAUACAAAUUAGCUCUACAGCUAGACCCCAGGGAGCAACCUUGACGUAUUAUUAUAAAACAAAUAACUUAACAAGCAUCAAUUAAAACACGCGACUCAUAAUUGCUAGCAAUAAAAAGACAAGAGAGAUAUCGUUUUAAAAAAAUUUAUUAAAAAACAAUGACAAAAAGAGUCAAAUACACAGGAAUGGAAAUUAAUUAAUCUUCAUCUUCGCCAAUGGAGUACUUGUAAGGUUUGAAUUUCUUAUGCAGACGUUUCUUCAGCUGUUUGCCAUGAGAUUUAUGAUCAUCCAAAUAAUUUAGAAAUUGAAUCCGACGCCUUUUGCGCUUCGGUCCUUGUUGUGAUGGGGUUUCUACUGUGGGAGGAGGGGUCAGGAAAGCAGAAUUUAAGGGUGGUGGAGGGGUGAGGCUUUCUUUGUCAGCUUUUUGAGAGAUAGCCGCUUGUGUUAAUUCAGGUGUUACAUUAAAAGGGUUGAGGGGAGUCGAGAAUGCUGUCGUUGCUGUCGAAGAAUCUUGUGUCCUUGAUGUUAAGUCUGGAACAGUACUGAUUAUUUCUUCCGGUCGUGUUCUUGUAUGUAAUUGUUCUUUAAAAGCCAGGUAUCUGUUUUGCAACUGAACGUAUCGCUUAGCUUUAUGAUCGUCCCGAAGAUCGUUUCGAGAAAGCACGUCAUCCAUGUUGCCCUGUAUUUCUUGCAUAGCUGGAAGAAGUGGGACAGGCGAAAGAGUUUGCUGCUUCAGAUAUUGUAGGAGCUCUUGAGGAAUAUUUUCUUGAAACCUUGCUUGGUUAAAGCCUUCUUCACUGGACAGGACGUUUGUUCGCAGUCGACAAUUAUCUUGGGUAGUAGUUUUCAGAUCAAUCAGCAGAUAACCAAAAGGUCUUUUUACAGCCUCUUCGUAUUGAUUUAAAAAGAAAUCAGUCUGCCCGGGAUACAUUUGCUUCGCCAGAGUCAAGAUUUGCAAUUUGUCUGGUGGAUUCUUGAAUAACACCAGAUAAUGGCUGUUUAAGCUUAUGCUGCGGCUACCUUUCCCCUGAUGAAAUAGAUUCUGCACGAUAUAAAUCACGCUCAGAUUGCGAUGAUGAGAACCACGAGUAAAAAGGUUCACAAUUCGCUUGUCCUUACUGGCGUCAAUCAUCUGAUCAUCAAACACGAUCAAAUUCCGUUUGUUCACAUCAAAAUAGGAAUCUUGCUCCAAAGCCGUAGGAAUUCCCUUGACGAAUUCAAUGUUUGGCAUGGCGACUAACAUUUGUGUAUACGCAGGCUGCCAUUGUGAAUAACACCAAACGAUCCUCUCCGGGGGAGGGUAAAUGGUCUCUGAAGCUUGUUGCAAUAGCGAUCGAACCCAGGCCGUUUUUCCGGACCCGGUCAUUCCGGCAAUCAUGGAGGUGAAAGGAUGCUCGAAGCGAAACCGCUGACCUUUCUGUGAAAAUAUUGGAACUGUUUGAAAUGGGGUGAGACCAGCAUUGUGGUGUUUAGACAUCACGUGCCUUUGCAUAUUAUCUUUUCUACUAAAGGAUUUUUCGCAGACAGAACAGAGCCAACUCAUGUCAACUCCUCAGGAGCAAAAUGUAGAGAAAGAGGUAGAAUGUUGCGCAUUUAUAUAGGUUUUCAGGCCACAAAAUUAUAUUGUUUUCCUCCCCCAAAACCACCACCACCACCACCACCACCACCACAUUUCUAUUGUUUUCUUUCCUCCUCCUCCUCCUCCUCCUCCUCCUCCUCAUUUCUAUUGUUUUUCCUCCUCCUCCUCCUCCUCCUCAUUUCUAUUGUUUUUCCUCCUCCUCCUCAUUUCUAUUGUUUUUCCUCCUCCUCAUUUCUAUUGUUUUUCCUCCUCCUCCUCCUCCUCCUCCUCCUCCUCCUCAUUUCUAUUGUUUUUCCUUCCACCAGAUUCUAUAAAAGACUGCUAACUGCCAUCUUUAGUUCACUUUGAAGCAAUGUCUCGUGUAGUGAACAACAAUCGUGGUUUUCUUCAGCUGUUAGCUGCUUGCCCUUCUUAUCAGCGCCAGUUUCUUUUAAAGACAGCUACACCACAGCAACUUCAUGCACUAGUCCAAGUCUUAUACAAUUUACUCAUGGGACACAUUCCCAUCUCCGAAGAAAAUAAGAGGGUAUUGCUGCCAUAUAAGGAUGCUUUACUUAACCUGGCCAGUCCAAAUGUCCCUUUCAAAACAAAGAAGCGAGUCCUUGUUCAAGAGGGUAGUGGUUUUAUUGAAGAUGUAUUAGCCCCUGUCGUUUCAAGCUUAGGAUUUCUAAUGCUAUAAAAGAGGUGACACAUCGCUAGGUUGCUCAUUCGAAGCUAAGUCUGUCACGAGUACUCAUCAAAAUGAAGAGAAAGAUAGAUUUGGUUGAAGAAGAAGAACACGAGAGUGAACAUGAAGAAAGCGAAAGUUCUGGUGAUGAAAGCGAGGAUGAAGAACCAAGAAUAAAAGAAGAACCGAGAAUAAAAGAUGUUUUGAGUCAUCUUUCCCGAGCAGUGCCGGAAAAGCGUGCUUCUGAUUUGCUGCAUAGUAUGGCUGCGUCUAAAGAUAUUCUUUUCUGGACCCCCAGCGGACAAUUACUUCGAAAUAAACGCACUAUUCCCGUCACAAACAUCGCUGAGCUAGUUGAGUAUGUGUUACUCCCUCAUAACAAUGAGGUUACCAAACCUCGUGCGCUGAAUACGUUUCUAGAUGGACUUGCAGAGUUAGGAAUCGAUAAAGGUUUAAUCAAGAACAAAGAGUUGUUAAGUGAUUUAAUAGAAAAGGAAAAAGGCUACCAAAAUGUAGAAAAUACUUCUGAUAACGAGAGUAAUAAUGAGGAGAGUUCAUCGGAUAUUGAAAAUCAGGAGGAGGAGGAGAAAGUGGCUUCUGAGAAUGGCGCUGAAGCGGAAGGCAUCCAAGAGAGCGACAACGAUACUGAAAACGACAGUCAGGAGAUAGAAAGUAGUAACCCUGAAACGUCCACCACCUUUCACUCCAAAAGUCCCUGUGAACACUGCGAGAACUCUAAUGUGUACGGGACAUUGAUCAUGAAAUGUCCUAAAUGCCUUUGUCACGAUUACUACAAGAUUUGUCCUAUAUGCGAUCACCAGAUUCCCGAGGGGAGACAUUACAUGAAAGAGGGCUUUCUUCGGUGUCACGAUUGCGGAGCAGUUACACACAAAAACGCGAAGACGUUGGAAACCAAUUUCUAUUCCCCUUCUACAGAGGAGAGCGAAGAAGAGGAUUAAUUAAUUUCCAUUCCUGUGUAUUUGACUCUUUUUGUCAUUGUUUUUUAAUAAAUUUUUUUAAAACGAUAUCUCUCUUGUCUUUUUAUUGCUAGCAAUUAUGAGUCGCGUGUUUUAAUUGAUGCUUGUUAAGUUAUUUGUUUUAUAAUAAUACGUCAAGGUUGCUCCCUGGGGUCUAGCUGUAGAGCUAAUUUGUAUUCAACUUUAGGCUUGUGACCUAGCAUAAUUAACUGAUUAACCGUGCGUGAAAUCUUGAGACUUUAAUUUUCUCGAGAUAGAAGGGUGAAAACAGUUCUGUAAUAGUCAGACAAACUUGAAAUAGAGAGUUUUCAGCUCCCCUUUGUGUAUGUUUGUUGAUAUAUCCGAGUUUUAGAGCUAAAUAAGAAGGCAAACUAAACUUGUGUUUAUAUAUAUCCGAGUUUUAGCGCUAAAUAAGAUAUAGGAAGCCGUUUCUCGCGUUGCUAGGUGAUCGCUUCUCUUAUUCCUAUUUUUCUUUUAAUAGACGGUCCGAAAACCGGGCUCAAGUUACUUACCGGGCAAGUCUAGGCAAGCCUAUUGUUCCUAUUGUAGUAGAGUGACGCUCAUUAGUAAACCUAUCCACUUCAUUAUAUUUGGAGGAACCCAUUUUUACCUAGCUAGCUAGACACCUCAUUAGUAUGCAGGAAAUCCAAAUUAGUAUGUAGGAAGACACUUAUACAUAUUAAUAAAGGGAAUCCACUUUUUCCCCAGGUUAUAACAAUCGGUGACGUCAUAGACUAGACCUAGCUAGACCUUGCUAGACACCAACGGGUUAAGUUUGACCCUAGUAUACUACUGAUGCCUUAAACCAUUUUAAAACAACUUCUCCUUCAACUGGAAUAGUCAAUAUUUGAUUAACAAACCACUCCCACCUCAGAGGCGCUAAACGUUUUCGAUUCUAGGACGUUUUUCAUUAAUCAUCCCACUAGGUAAAUCGGUUUUCAAGCAAUAAAACCCAACUUUUAAGCAGAAGUUUGAUGAAAACCAUUUGACCUCGUUUCACCAAACAACGUCAUAAGAAGCAUGAAGGCAGCUAAAAAAUCAUUUCAUUAUAUUUCAAAGAGUACCUUGGUAGUGACCUACAACCGUCUCACGGGCAUCUUGGCAGCCAAAUGACACAGUAAAACAAAAACGUGUUCAAACCAAUUUUCGAUAUUUAGGGAUGAACCUUUGAAAAAGCAAAGAAAACUUUUCUCCAUAUUUAUCAAAACUAGAAUUUCAUCGUUAAUCCAAGCAAUCUUGCCACUUUCAAUUGAAGCAGCACCGAUCUAGAAAGUGAAUCGUCUCAUAUCGGAUAGGUUUCUGUGCAACUCUCCGGUGCAGUGUGAACGGGUAACGGGUAUUCUAACCCUGGCGUUAAUAAAAGAGUAGGAGGGAGGACUGGAACCCAGAAAGACGGAAGUAAAUAUUAAGCGGAAGUGAGGAUUGGGAAUAAUUUUGCCAAUCCCUCUCGGCCAACUACUCCAGACUCGUACCCAGUCGCUAUUUAUUUAUCCCCGCGCGACUCAAUCUUCUCUCAUCCCAAAAACACAUAAAUAGUGAAUGGGUGCGAUUGUAGACAUUUAUAGAUUUUCCUCUCCAGUCAUGGGCAAAGUCAAGUUUAAGUACACACCUGGUCAAUCGUGAAGCAUGCACUACUGCAAAUUUUAAUCGACCAUAUUACCAAACAUGGUCAGUAAAAUGUUAACCAGUGCCUAUAUUGAACACCUAUUGAAUGAGAUUUUGUGGUAUCUGGAAUAAUCAAAGGUCUAGGUGUUACCAGCCGAGCCGAAGGCUGAUAACACCUACCGAGACCUUGAUUAUUCCAGAUAUCACAAAAAGCUAAACUAAUCACACAUUGUUUUGAAGAAAAUAACAACACACCGUCGCACAGAAUAUUGUUUGACAUUGCUCUUGCAAAUCAUGCAUUGCGCACGCAAACUGCAGACAUGUCAGUUAUCUACUAGCAGAUAAUUAACUAAUCUGUAGGUUGCGCUGAUUUUCAAAUUACAUUAACCGUAGGCUCUUAGCCAAUGAGAAGGAAUGUAGUGAGUAUAAUUUAUAAUAAUUUUAUUUAUAUGUAUAACAAACGGACUUGCAAAAAAAAAAAUUCAUCCACAGAGUUAUUAAUUAGUCAUUAUAAUAAAAAAUGGAUGGUUGAGAAUAUAAGUGCGGACCUGAAAAGACAAACUUGAAAAUUUUAGCAAAAGAAUUCAAGAGGAAGAAAACAUGACGUAGCUAGUCCUUGAUUAAACCCCUCGCCAGUAGAUGGGUGUAAUGAAGGUGCCUGGUCAAAAGUAGAGAGCCGCAAGGCAGCACGAGAGGUAACCAUGACAACCUGGUGAGCGGGAACUAACACGCAUCGUCACACUGAUAAUAGGGAGCUCACGCAACAGGACGGAAGAGAAAAGAAGACGGCAAACCUUCUGUGACAAGCGUGACAAAAAUUUGGAUGAAAUUACUUUCCGCCAAACUUCACUUUUCUUUAAAGAGAUCUUUUUACAAAAGACGAGAAAAUAUUAAUGAUAAGUGAAGAUCACGACAAAACUCGCAAGUAAUAGCCCUGUUACGUUUGUCCCACACAAGAGUUUUGACGUCCUCUUAUUCCUGCCGUCCUGUUCGUAAACUCAAUAAUAUCAUGGGUGACAGAUUACUCCUUACUUUUAGCGCAAAAUGUCAGCGUUAAUUUAACAAGGAACCCAAAAUUUAUUGUCUGGAAUCCCGAAUCCACAGCGUGGAAUAGAGAAUCCAAGACUGUCUUGCAUUUCCUUACAUAAUGUGACACACAAAUCAUAACAAACUUUACUAACAGCAGCGAGCUAAAAACAAAAUAGAUCAUGGAAAAUUCACGGUUCCCAAUACUUGCACGAGAAUUCUCCAAGUAAAGACAAGACAUUUAAGGUACACGAAUGAGCUGCUUUACAGACAGCAGCGAACUAAUAGCCUCUUUAUGGGUAUUUCCGACGAAAUCGAAGUAGCGACGGUCGCUAUAUUGACGAAACGACGAUCUUAGAGAUUAAGGCGACGAUCAUUUUGCCAUUUCGAUAACGUUUGAUCUGACUACAUGACUCUUGCGAUAGCAAAAAAGAAAUCUACCAAACAGGGUGCUGCACCUUCAGAGCUUCGUUAUUCAUGUCACAAAACAAUGAAACGGUGGCCAUUGUGGUGUACCAAACAAAUCUUGUGGGAGUUGAACCUUUUUCCUAUGAAAAAACUUUCUUUUGUUCAAAUAAAAUUGUGUGAAAAAAAAACGUUCUCUCUAUUUAGACUAAAUGGUUAGGACGCAUGACGGAAUAUCAAGAGGGCAGGGAGAGGUGGUGAUAUUACCCUGGCCGGGAUAGGAGUCAACCUCGUUCCCAGGGUUCUUUCCUACAAGCAGAGAGAACCUGGGAACGAAGUUGGGUAGGAGAUUCGGCCGCUUCGUUCUAAGUGCAUCCUCGGAGACCCAGGGGCAGCUACAAUCCUCGUCAAAAAUCUUGAAACACUUCCCCAAUGUUGAUUUGGGUAUUACAGUGGUCUCAGUGCUUCAAAAUACGCGUGGCUCAACAUUGGGGAGGGAGAGGGCACAUUACAGUGAGAACAAAAGUGUGAGGAGUAAAAAUCUCAAGAAUUUUCCAGAAAAUUCAAGAGAAACGGUGUCUGUUUCAACGAUUUGUGACGAGUAUUGUAGUCGGGACGAUUCUAUCGUCACGACUAGCUGCCCCUGGGUCUUCGAGGAUGUUCUAAUCAUUAUGAACUUAUCCCAACAACAGUUGUGAUUUGUGUUAACCCUUUUAGCCACAAGAAUGACCAAUAUUAAUUUUCUCCUAACAAUUUCAACAUAUUUUUAAGAGAAAAGGUUCACAGAAUUUAUAAAAUGAUCACGAAAAAGGGAAUGCUUUUAUCCUUCAUCAUAUUCUAGUCUCCAAACGGGAGUCUAAAGAAUGAUAUGGCGAUUAUUAUUGUUGUUGUUUUCCUACUUUGGCCAAUUUCGCGUUAUCAUUUCUAAAUCUACCUAUUACUAUUUCAUUAUUAACACAACUGCUUGUAAAACUUGCUUAGCAGAUAUAAAAGAAUGGGCGCCAUGAUUUUUUGAAUGAGGUGGAAGAAACUGCGAGCGUGGUUUACAAGGACAUUCUAGACUGGAUUCAGCAAAAGCUACCUUGAACUAUUUUAGGCCACGAGCACACGAAUCCAUACUAAUUUUUGAAACUGCAUAACUUUCUACCUGGAAUCGUAUAGACGGGGCCUUAAACCACUCCGGAGAGAAGUUUCAAAAAGAUAGUAGGCUGAUUUAGCAAUAGAACGGGAACGUCAGUUGACGACGACGCGCGCAAGUCAAAAAGCUGGCUUGACCUAUGGCAGCGCAGCAAAUUUCAGUCCUUUCCGCGCGCUUUCCUGUCGUCAACUGAUGUUCCCGUUCUGUUGCUAAAUCAGCCUAAUGUUUAGGAGAGAGGAUUCACUGGUUUCGCGCGUGGACGGGACACCAGACGGAAGGCCGAUUCAUGUGAAAAAUAUAUAAAAAUGCGCUUUUAGAAAUAUCCUGAUUGGUGUGGACGGGGCUUUUCACGAUAGUGUCAAGUUAAAAAUAUGACCAGUAUCAUUUCAUUUUUUCAUAUUUAAUUCGGUAAAUUCGGAAGCCUUAAUUUGCAUGAGAAAACCAAAUUCUGAAGGAUUCUAAAAAGGGCCGUUUGCACGAUGGCGUCAUUUUACUAUACCAGAUUCCUUCAGGGUUUUGCUUUCUUGUGCAAGUUAGGGCUUUUGUUAUUUAAACAUCAGUGGGAUUACCAAAUUUCAAUAUGAAAGAAAAAAUGAAAUGAAUUUCUUUAGUAGCAAAAACAAGUCAUCGCGUAAAUAGCCAGUUAGGCCCCGUGACCCUAGUCUAUUCUGAACUGCUGCAUUUUUCAGGCUGGAAUGGUAACCCUUAAUAUCGGCCUCCCUAAUGUUCAGGUCAGAGUCAAUCUCUGUAUUUUGAACGCCAGGUUUGAUUUACAGUUUCAUGUUCUUAGAUAAUAAUAGCCUGAGAUCAUGCUCUCCCUGAAAAACGCCUGUUUUAAAAAAAGACGAUGAAACAUGAGAAACUAUAGUUUUACGCUAUUUACUUGUUUCUUUUUUCGUCUUUUGUGGCUAUGGUUUGUAUUUUUAAAUUCUCUUUCAGUUUUGCGUUUUAAUUUUGUAUUUUUAUGUGUGUUUCCGGUUUGGGAUGCUUAUUUCCGUUUGGGGAUUUGUGUUUCUGUUUUCUGGUAGUUUUUUUCUGUUUUGGGUUUCCGUUUAGUCUUAUGUGUUUCUGUUUUGGGUUUGUUCUUUCCUAUUUUUGUUGUUGUUGUUGUCUUGUGGUUUUUUUGUUUCUAUCGGCCACCCUAUAUAUUUGAUAGUCCUCUGCAUUUAAAUCCACCCACUAGAGAACACUUCAAAACUCCGUUGAAAAUUUCUUCACAGAGAUCAAAUCGUCCAGGUAAGAAAUAGUCUCCUUUAACUUGGAAUUUUUCUAAUCAGAUAUUUCUGCAAGGUUUAUUUUGAUUUCCUGCCGUAGUUUUUUUCCCUCUCCUUUUUAGUUUAGACCGGUUUGCGACCGCGAAGCAAAGUAUGUUUGUCCCAUGUUAAGCAAAACGUCCGACUAGAAUAUUGUUUUGACCGAUUUGAGUUUCUCUCCCUUCGCUGUCUCCCUUUUCCGCUACUCUUUUCCACUUCCUUUCCACCCCUCCCCCGCCUCCAAACCCCCACCCCUACCCCUCCUCCCACAAGCAACACCGGAUAUUCAGGAUAAUUUGGGUUAAAUGUGGAUCUCUCACUUUGUAGAUGUCACAGAAUUAUAAUAAUUUUUAUUUAUAUGACAAUAGCUAACGAAGAAAGACCUGCUUUGUGCAUAAAUGUGUGAAACUAAGUCUUGCAUCGAUUAAUAAGAAAUUGAGGUCACGAACUUAUUUAGUCAAGACAUCUUUCCUCAAACAGCUGCCUUUUAAAUUGGGACUAUGUGAUUUGUACUGCCAGAAAGGUUUUCAGGAAAAUUACUAUUAUACAUUAAAUCGCUUUUAUUUCUGCUCUAUGUGAGGCAAACAAUGUAAAAUUUGUUAUGGUUUGCUAGUUUGUGGUCUCUCUGAAAUUUGCAUGUAAUGUUAUUGUCGCCGGGCAGCGGACUCAUUUUUUGAACUUUGACUUAUUAUUAUAAAAACACAAUACAAUAAAAAACGUAAGAAGGAUCAAUUAAAACACGCGACUAAUAAACGCUCACAAUAAAACCGGACACGAGAUACCGUUUUCAAAGCUUUAUUGAAGACCAAUGACAAAAAGAGUCAAAUACAGCUAAAUACACAGCGAUUUGAAAGGAAUAAAAAAUUUAAUAAUCGUCUUCUUCGUUCUCCUCUUUGGAAGGAAAAUAAAAAUUGGUUUCCAACGUCUUCGCUUUUUUGUGUGUAAUUGCUCCACAAUCCUGAAAGCACUCUUUGAUGUAAUUUCUCUCCUCGGGGAUCUGGUGAUCAAAUAUAGGACAAAUCUUGUCAGUAGUAAUCGUGCCAGAAGCAGUUUGGACAUUUUAUGAUCAAUAUUCCGUACACUUUAGAAUUCUCACAAUGUUCACACCGAUUUUAAGAGUGAAAGGUGGUGAACGUUUCAAGGCUACUACUUUAUGUUUCCUGACUGUGGUCGUUUUUCAAUGUCGUUGUAGCUCUCUUGGGAGUCAUCUUCAACACCAUUCUCACUGAGAAGCCACUUCCUCCUCCUCCUCAUCCUUCCCCUCCUAAUUUUAAAUAUCCAAUGAAACCUCCUCAUUAUUACUCUCGUUAUCAGUAGUAUUUUCUGCAUUUCGCUAGCCUUUUUCCUUGUCUAUUAAAACGCUUAGCAACUUUUUGUUCUUGAUUAAACCCUUAUCGACUCCUAACUCUGCAAGUCCAUCUAGAAACGUAUUCAGCGCACGAGGUUUGGUAACGUUAUUGUUAUGCGUGGGUAGCACAUACUCAAUUAGCUCGGCGAUGUUUCUGACAGGAAUUAUACGUUUAUUUCGAAGUAAUUGUCCACGGGAAGUCAAGAAAUAUUGUCUUAUAACACCAAUUCAGAAAUUGUGAAAAUAAUUCCGGAGAAGCGUCAGUUAGAGUGAAUCAAGGAUGGAAGGAGUGGAAAGUUCUGUCAUGUCUUACCCGUCUAAUGGGAAUUCAAAUGUAUUAAUGAGAAUUAUUUUUGUUUUUUCUCCACCUCAACGCUCCUUAAAGAAACCUUACUGCAAAGAAACAGUUCCACUUUGAAUACUAAAACUUGGAAAUGGCAGAAAGAAUGAUACAAUAUAUACAUGAACAAACAAAGCGUCUUACAAAAGCGCAAAUCUUUAAAAACACGGAAGAGGAAGCAGAAGCCUACCACAAUCUAGGCAGAACAUAUUUCUGCCUCGAGGAGUUCCAUCAAGCAAUAGAGUACCUCAAGCAAUACCUGAGCAUUGCUGAGGAAGUCGGUAACAGAGCAGAAUCAGCAAAAAGUGCCUAUUGCAAUCUUGGCCAUGCUUACCAAUCCCUCGGUGACUACCAAAGAGCAAUAGAGUACCACAAUCAACACCUCAGGAUUGCCCAGGAACUUGGUGACAGGGCAUGUGAAGGAUGUGCCUAUGCCAGUCUCGGUGUUGCUUACAACAGCCUUAAUGAAUUCCAAAGAGCAAUAGAGUACCACAAUCAACACCUCAGGAUUGCCAAGGAAGUUGGUGACAGGGCAGGUGAAGGAUGUGCCUAUGCCAAUCUCGGUUAUACUUAUCACAGCCUUGAAGAAUUCCAACGAGAAAUUGACUACCACAAUCAACACCUCAGCAUUGCCAAGGAAGUUGGUGACAGGAGAGGUGAAAGAUGUGCCUAUGGAAAUCUCGGCUAUGCUUAUGCCUCCCUCCGCAAAUUCCAACAAGCAAUAGAGUACCACAAUCAACACCUCAGCAUUGCCAAGGAAGUUGGUAUCAGGGAAUGUGAAGGCCAAGCCUAUGGCCAACUCGGCUAUAAUUAUAUGGCAAUCGACGAAUACCAACGAGCAAAAGAGUACAUCUAUAACGGCCUCAUCAUUGCCAAGGAAGUUGGUUACAGGGAAGUGCAAUUGCAAUGCUAUGGCAAUCUCGGCAAUAUUUAUACAAAUCUCGGCGAAUACCAACAAGCAAUAGAGUACACCAAUAAAAGCAUCAUCAUUUGCAAGGAAGUUGGUCACAGGACAGGGCAAGGGCAAGGCUAUGGCAUUCUCGGCCAUAUUUAUUCAUGUCUCGGCAAAUACCAACGAGCAAUAAAGUACACCAAAGAAUGCCUCAAAAUUGCCAAGGAAGUAGGUGACAGGGCACUGGAAUGCAAGACCUAUGGCGAACUCGGCGGUACUUAUCACAGACUUGAAGAAUUCAGUCAAGCAAUGGAGUGCUACAAUGAACAGCUGAGCAUUGCCAAGGAAGUCGGUGACAGAGAAAAAAAAGGAAGUGCCUAUUUAAACAUCGGCCAACUUCGUUAUUCCCUCGGCAACGUGACAGGAGCAAUGGAGUUCUUCAAGCUACACCUGAGCAAUGCCGAGGAAAUCGGUGACAGGAAGGGACUAGGACUGGCCUAUUGCCGCCUCGGAAGAUGCUAUACAAAUCUCGACGACUUGAAGGAAGCAAUAGAGUGUUACAAGAAACACCUGAGUAUUGCCAAGGAAUUCGGUGACAGGAAGGGAGAAGCAUGUGCCCAUAGCAGUCUGGCUCAAUGUUUUUUGUAUGCAGAUUCUUGGAAUGAGGCUUUAGAACAUUUUAGAUGCAGUGUAAAAGUCUAUGACGCUAUUAGAGCUAGUUCUAUCUCGGAAGAUGAAUUGAAAAUAAGUUUCAGAAAGAAAUAUCAAUUUGAAUAUACUCGUUUAUGGCAGCUUUUAGUAAUGCUUGAAAGGAAUGAUGAGGCUUUAUACGCUGCUGAGAGGGGACGAGCACAGGCUUUGCUCGAUGCCUUAAAAGGAACUUAUGGCCUUACAUCACUUUCUCCCAGGUCAAUUGAAUCUGAAGAAGUAGUCAGAAAUAUUUCAAGGAAGACAACUGUUUUAACAAUCUUUCUUGCCCUUCAUUCGAAAACAGUCAAUAUCUGGGUGCUGGGAAAAGAGGGCAACCCUAUUUUUAGGCAAAGGGAGAUAGAAGUUGGUCAUGAACACAAAGAUUCCAUUACUCUCCUUUUAGACACUGUUUUGAAAAACAGGUGCGAAAAUCGGUGCGAAUUACAGCCAUUAUAUGAUGCAGUUCUUGGUCCCAUUGAAGACUUGCUUGAUGGCGAUGAACUAAUUGUAGUUCCUGACGGCGCUCUGUCUAAAGCUCCUUGGGCAGCCCUGACUGAAACUUUAAGGAUCCGCACUGUUCCCUCACUGACAAGUUUGAAAGUCAUCAUAGAUUCUCCAUGUGAAUACCACAGUAAAAGUGGAGCCCUGCUUGUUGGAGAUCCAUGCUUGAAGAAAAUUACAAAUAAACGGGGGAACCCCAUAUAUGAUCCUCUGAAGCACGCAAAAGAGGAAGUGGAGAUGAUUGGAGGAAUUCUAAAGAGUCAAACUUUAACAGGUGAAGAUGCAACCAAAGAAGCGGUACUUCAGAGAAUCGGGUCAGUUGCUUUAGUACACAUUGCAGCCCACGGAAAAAAGGAAACUGGAGAAAUUGUUUUGGCUCCAGAUCUCCGAUGUGAAUCCAAGCCUCCUAAGGAGGAGGACUGCAUUAUGAAAAUGUCUGACAUACAAGCUGUUAAGCUGAGAGCGAGACUGGUUGUGCUAAGUUGCUGCCACAGUGGUCAAGGAGAGGUCUCGUCUGAGGGUGUGGUCGGUAUGGCACGUGCUUUCUUGUUUGCUGGUGCUCGUUCCGUGCUGGCGACACUCUGGGCAAUUGAUGACGAAGCCACAAAGAUGUUUAUGGAAUCUUUCUACCAAGAACUUGCAAGAGGAGAAAGUGCAAGUGUUGCUCUUCAGAGGGCCAUGAAAUGUCUUCGAGACUCCCAAGAUUAUUCUGCUCCAAAGUACUGGGCUCCUUUUGUUUUGAUGGGCGAUGACGUUAAGAUUGAAUUG